AUGUUAAUAAAAAAGGAACCAUUUUUUUCAACAAUAAAACAAAAAGAUAGUUUUUGGACUUUUGAAGAUGGUAUAAUUCAUGUUACACUUCAAAAAAUGAAUAAAGCAGAAACAUGGAUGGCAGCACUUAAAGGUCAUUUAAAUCAAAAUGAAAGUUUAUUAAAUGAAGAGGAUAAAAAAAAGAUAAUGUUAGAAAGAUUUCAAGAAGAACAUGAUGGUUUCGAUUUCUCUGGUGCUGAAUUCACUGGUAAUAAUGUACCAGAUCCAAGAAAAUGUAAUUGA